AUGGAAUUUCUGUCGUUGAGUCGCAGACGUUCCUCCGUGCGAAACGUCCCCAGCGGCGAAGAGCGAGGAGAAACGGAUGUUUUCGCAGGCUACAGGAGUACCCAAAGGGAAAUUUUGAGAAACAACAACAAAGCAUGAAUAAAGCUUUCCGAAGCCAUUUUAAGCGUUUUGGGAGAUUGCUGGGGAAAAUUUAUCUCGUCCUCACUCCCAGCAAGACUGAUGGAAGAUUUCCCAGCCAGCAAAGUGCACCCAAAACCUGCAACCUGACUUACUGGGAAGUUCCCCAGUAGACGUAUGUCAAAACAUUACAGGCCAGUUUUGGUCUGGUCACAGGGCAAAAUUCAGACCUUCAGUGAGGGGGGGAGGGGGUUAGGUUCGGUUGGAAAAUGGGUGUGGCCUAUAAAAGGCGAAAUUCACUGCUUCAGUGGGGAGGGGGGGGUGGGGACAGUUUUCUGACUGGUUUGUCGGUCUUAAAAUAAAAUAGAGUCGUGCGUGGUAUUCACUCAGACUGAAUUUGUUUGUCAUUUCUCCACACAUUCCCCAGUUCUCUAGAAAACGUAUGACUAUGCAUUUAAUUAAUGACUGUUUAUUUUAAAGCAACAAAUGAGUGUUUAAAGAAAGGACUAUAUUGUCCCCCUGCUCUGAAGUGCGUCAAACAGGGGCAUAACUUUGUAUGCGGGUGCGAUCCUGGUUUCAAGGUUGUUGUAGAAGAAAACAAGAGGAAGUGUAAAGGUAUUAGUACUUCGUAAUCCCUUUGGUAAAUUGAUCGUGAGCCGAUCCCGUGGAGGGGGGGGGGGGGUACUUCCUAGUAAUAGGCUAAUUGGGAUGUGCCGCUGGAUGGUGUUGCAUUUUAAUCAGAGUUACUAGAACGGGAUCGUACAUUUUCGGGAUUGGGGGAUCAGAAAAUUCAGGAUUUAAAGAUGGGAAGACUUUUAUUUUAUUAACCUUAAACAAUGUGUCAAUUCAUUUCCGGAUAUAACAUUUUAAAGUAGAUACACAAACAGAAAGUUAUUAAGUUAGGAUCGCAAACUGAAUUACAUUUUCUCAAAAGUGACUAAGAUGGGGUCCAUAUUUGGCCACAGACUAGACCAUAAUGGGGUAGGGGCUCUGAGAGGCCAGCGGCACAUACCUAGAAAAAAAAUACCCCAAGUAACUUCCCCCCCACCCCCCGGGGAGGCCGAUGCUCACCGGGUGCCGUAAAUGAGACUUCCAUUCACUCACUAGACCGAACUUUUUCCGGCUUCAGAAAUGGUCUUUUUUGCGCUCUCGGGAAACUAAUAACAGAUUCGAUAAAUGAUUUUUUUAGCAAUGAACGCGUGUGAAAGGAAAGGACUAAACUGCCCCCCUGCUCUGAAGUGCGUGAAGCAGAAACAAGGUCAUGAAUGUGGGUGCAAUUCUGGUUUUAAGGUUGUGGGAGGCGGGAACGCCAGGACUUGUAAAGGUACGAGAACUGUUUAAUCAAUUUUAACGCUUAUAAUUGGAAUGAGAAUGAGCUGAAUUAGUUAAAAAAUAAUCAGUUGAUUACAAAUAUUUAAGCUACACGUUUAAUGAAAUUUGCUCGAACAGAAAUACCGAAGGCAAUUUAGUGCAACUUUAUUAAACUUGACCGUUCAGCAGAGAAAAGGCAAUUCCAGCUGUUUUUCAUGCGAUUCACAAUUCGCGAGGCUCAGGUCUGAAACUGGACUUAAGUGUGAAAUUCUGAACCGUUAAAAAAGAACACCCCGAUUCAGCCUCAACCUGUUAUAAUAACAAAAUGUCCCACGCCCCAGUCUACGCAUCAGACUGUUGUUGAGUUUCUUGUUUUCUGGUUUAUGGACGAGUACUUUGACCGACAUUAUUGAACGUGAAUCAAACAAGGCGGUUGAAUAGCCAACGUUUUAUAUAUCAAAAGCUAUCAUAACUUAGAGGCUUCAGGGUCAAAACUGCUAUCUUUUUACGACUCCACUUAGACUAAAUUUGUCCACCAUGCGACAAAUAUUGUAUGUAUUCUCUGACAUUUCCUGGGAUGUUAAGUGACAUCUGAUGCCUUUAUUAAUUGAUGACGUUUUUUUAGCAAUGAACGAGUGUGAAAAGAAAGGACUUAAUUGCCCCCCUGCUCUGAAGUGCUUGAAGCAGAAACAAGGUUAUGAAUGUGGGUGCAAUCCUGGUUUUAAGAUUGUGGGAGUCGGAAACAGAAGGACCUGCAAAGGUACGAUAAUCAUUAUUAUUUAGCUGAUGGCUUCUAACAAAAUGUAAGAUGUUGCGGGUCGCCCUAAGUCCCACAAUUCUCAGCUGUUUCGAAAAACACGUUAAUUGAAAGAACGCUUGUUUCUUUUAUUAACCUCAUUUUAUCCGAAUGAACUUAUAUAUUAUAACAAGACAAAAAAUCUCGUAGAGCUAAAUUGCCUUAAAUGUCAAAAGUGCUCAUACACCUCAUAGUCUCGUUCGAUAAACUUGCCUUCAGCAAUAUAUAAAAAUACGUAAAGAGUCCUAUUAGUAAAAUGUGUAAUGACAAAUAUAGUCAGAGUUCAAUUCUGGCAGCUUUGAGGAGAGGAGAAAUGCGCGCGUCGUCAAAUAUAUUUGCUGCUAAAAAUUUGAGUUCGCAGGAAAAAGCAAUGGAAUUGCUGUCGAUUUGUGAUGAGCAUGGGCAAAGUUAGUUGAAGAAUGAAAGAAUUUCUCACGACAAUGCAUUAUCAUUUCAGCCAUGGACGAGUGCGAAAAGGCAGGAGAGGUGUGUCCAUCUGCGCUACAGUGCUUGAAACAAGAGGACGGAUCUUUUGCAUGUGACUGCGAUGUUAACUCAAAGGUAGUAGGAGAGGGAGAUGCGAGGACUUGUCAAGGUACAGAUUAUUUCUAAAGGACCUGGCAGUCACAGGUUUUGUCCCAGUGACCAUGCCUAUUUCUGUUUGCUUUAUGAAUGGUUGAAAAAAAACUUAAUUACUCCACGAAGCCCAACCUCGUUCCCUCUCCUACUCGACCCCCGUGAGCCGAGUAGGAGAAGACCCUGGAAACGAGGUUAGAUAAAGCCAUUGUAGGUAAGGCAAACUAACAAAAAAAUAGUUGGCGCUUUGUGUUCACGUUUGAAUGCAAUCCGAUUUGCCUCCAUUGUAGUGUUUCUGCAUUCAUCUUCUGUUCGAGAUUUUUUCCACUUCAUUUUAUUUAAUUUUGCCAUGGUUUCAAAAGGGACAAUCAAGAUGCCUAAAACAACUUGGCUUAAUUACUUAAUUUAUGACUAUUCCAGUUAAACAAUCGAUAACUAACUUGUAUAUGAACUAAGAACGAUGGAAAUCUUGUCACUGGUGUAAACUACGUGUGUUAAGCUGAGGGCUUGGAGUGGCGACUCAGGGCCAGUUAUUUAACCGUAGUUUAGCCAGUGAUUAAUUAAAGCGCGUUCUAAGCCAUUUUCUAUGGGCCCUAUGGUUUUAUCUAAACACCAUUUAUUGUGAAAAGUUUUAUGAAAGCAUAUAGAGUAGACCAGAAAAGCAUUAUCUUCUUACUGAUAACAGACUAAAGAUGAGACCUGGAGGUCCAAAGAUUUGUUGAACCGUGGCUCAAGUUAGACUUCCUUUAAAUAACCGGCCCUAAGUAUUCAGCUUUUUGACACAAUUUUUCCAGCCUUGGACGAGUGCGACAAGUCAGGAGAGGUUUGUCCAUCUGAACUGUUUUGCCUGAAAAACGAGAACGGAACUUUCGCAUGUGGCUGCGAUGCUGACUCAAAAGUAGUGGGAGAAGGAGAUAACAGGACUUGUCAAGGUACAAUUCUUCAUCAAUUUAAGAGCAGGGGCUAUGUAACAAUGAAAGUUAAGGUGUUUCUACUCAGUUUUUCGGAGACCAGAGAUGUUUUGAAUUUUUACAAUCGCUAUAAAACUUUCACCACUUAGAGGUACUUUGGGCUGGAAUUUGUCAAAAAGUAACUUCAUUUAUAAUAAUUUAAAUCGAUAUUACCAUGACAACGAUAAACAAAACUCUUUGAAAGACGAAUUUUGUGCGAUCUCUACCUGCAAAUGAAAAUUCAAUGUCGGGAUUAUAAAGUGAAGUUUUUGGCAAGUAGCCUCCUUGAGAAUAAAAACCUCUGAGUAGUUGAAUUCAAAUAAAACGAAAAUAUAUUUUUAAAUUGUAUAUCUUCAUUAGACGUGAUAAAAGAUCACGUUUUAAAUAACUCAAUUUACUCUUUAAUAGCAUUUCUAGGAAAUUUGGUCGCGAUCUUGGAAACAAACCUUUUUCUACACUAAUUUCCACGUGCAAAUUUAUGCAAACUCCUAUUGAUUAUUCAAGCUCUUCCAUACAUCUCAAAAACAGUUCAGUAGAAUUCUUUAAAAAAUUUCUCACAUAACCUUCGUGAUGUGAAAAGUAACAUGUCAAACUUUCAUUAAAAUUCAUUUACUGUAUGCAACGCCUUCAAAUUCCAAGCUGAACCGCGCCUACGAACUUCACUGUUUUGACGUUCCCCCGGCUAAUUCUUUCAAAUUAGUGCGCACUACAUUCCUCCGUGCGAGUGAUUUUACGCAGAGUUUGAAUCUCAAACAUUCAGGUAGAGAUUUUGUUUUUAGCAUGUGCCUUGGUAUAUAUCUGAGCAUUUACCUUCUGGUUCCUCAUACUAAAGUUAUUUUAUUUUAAAAUUUUCCCAUACCUAUAUCAUCAUGGCCUUGUUUACAAGUAACUUCCUCUCCCGUUAUAAAUAUACGUUUCUAAUGCAGGCGUUUUGAAAGCGCCAAAGCAAAAAAUACAGCUUUAUAAAAUAUAAAUAAUGAUGCUGAAAGAUGUAUCAAUCAUGGAAGUAUGUAGAGAAUCUCUCGCUUUCCUCGAGAUUCAUCACUAAACCAGUACGAGACCCUGAUGAAUACUUCUACAAGCAAUAAAAACAUCUUGAAAAUGAAAAAAGCAAUUAAAAACUCACCUCGUUUAUCAUCUGCUUGCGUUGUGGAAAUUUACUCGUAAUCGCUCUUCCACGUGCAUUUUACAUUAUGUCAUGACGUAGGAGGAUAUCCCGGAUGGCGCUCCGCUGCGCGCGCGAGCUCCGCUAUUAUGAGUUUGCGCAGGAAGUUGAGUCAAAACUGGUCCCUCACGGAGAGAGUCCCGUGGUGCAAUUCGAAACAACAUCGAGCCAGUUCCACGAGCGCAACUUCAAAAUGGUCGAUGAAUGGUCUCUUAUCGUUUCCCACCGUUGGCCGGAAUAGAGAUUUUACAGCUGAGCUCGCAGCAGACUAUCAACUACACAAAUGAUUAAUAUAUAUCUCUUAAGAGAGAGCCGUGUACCCGAGUAGUAAACACCAUUCCUUGAAAGUUUGACAUGAUCCCACGCAUCCUGAGACAACUCAGAAGGGACUGGACUGGGUUUAAACCGUAAAUAUCGCCGAGUAACUAAAGUAUUCUUUCAAACAAUUUUCCCAGCUUUGGACGAGUGCGAAAAGGCAGGAGAUGCUUGUCCAUUUCCUCUGCAGUGCCAAGAACAAGAGAACGCAACUUUCGCAUGUGGCUGCGAUGCUGGCUUAAAGGUAGUAGGAGAAGGAGAUAACAGGACUUGUGAAGGUAUAGUUUUCACGAUAUUUUCAACAAGCAUUUUCCAAAAAGCAUGUAAUCACAAACUGAAAUUCAAUCAAUCUUAUUGAAAAACGUGUGCACUUUUCCUUCGAUCGGCAUGAUACAAACAGUGGAUAUGUUUUUCAAAAUAAACGGAAUUGCACUUAAUUAAGCACUUUAAUUUGCUCAGACAAUUGAAACCACUGAAUCCAAAAGAACUAAUGAUCCCUGACUAAGAGACAAACCCAAAUAAAAACUCAGAGUAUACUUUACUAACCCUCUCCUAAGCCAACCUUGACACUAAAAUCUUCUUUAGGACGAAGUAAUGGGUAAGGGCAGGGGUAGGUGGGUAAAUGUCCAGGAUCUUACACUGAUCCUACAAUUCUGCGAAAUUGACCACCUACCCCUCCCUUAACCCAACCUUAACAUUAUCACGUGCACUGUUUUAGGUUAGAGAAGGGGUAAGGGGUAUGUGAGCAGAUUUCAGAAUCUAAGUCUAAUACUUGCUCGAUAUAUUAUACAUGCUAGCUGAUGACAUUUACGAGUGCAGAAUUCAAGGUGAUGUUUGCCCUCCGACUCUCAAAUGCCUAAAACAAAAGAAUGGAUCUCACGUGUGCGGCUGCAAGAAGAAAGGCUACGUACUUAAAGGAGACGAUCAGGAACGGACUUGUGAAGGUAUAAGUGCUUAAUUUCAUUCAAACUGUUUUCUCGUACCAGCCUGCUAUUCUUACGAUCAUUUUAUGAUUUUGACACCAUUUUACCCGAGAAAUAGAGUAAAUUGUAUCACUGGAUAGGGGGUUUCAAAGCAGCUCGAGAACUGUGAGCUGAGAUGUACUCAAUCUCCUUUUGGUUGGAGUAAACUCGAACUCAGCUCCCUGGCUUUAAAAAAAGAGAUGGGAUCUGGUACUGGUGAGAAUUGGGUUGCUGAAAUUGUUUAGGAAGCAUAGGUCUCUUGUUCACCCCAUGUGGUUUUUUUUCUCAUUAUUGUCCGACGGAAAUUGGUAUGAUAGUGGAUGACUGCUGGCUAAUAUGCAGUGUCAUUUGUAAAAUUUGUGAUUUGGUGAGAUUACAAAUACGGCUAUCGCCUAUCAUCUCCACAUUUUAAUUGUUAAGGGCCGGUUAUCAGUAGUAGAAUCUGCUCUAUAACAUGCAUAUUUUUCAGAUUUAGACGAAUGCACUCAAAACCCAUGCGCUGAGAAUGAACAAUGCGUAAACGUGCCAGGAAAAUUUGAAUGCCUCUGUAAAGACGGAUACAUCAAAAAUGCCGGUAGCUGUAAGCCUGGUGAGUUCUAGCCUGUACACAGACGUUGCUUUAUUUCUCUUUUCGUUCUUUUCGAAAACAUUGGCGAGCGCAAGAGCCAACGCUGAGUGCGAAAAAGAUUAGUCGUUGACAUGAUGAUGACAGGAUAAUCGCCGCUCAGCCAAUGGUAACUUGCUUUUCGUGGUAAAGACAAGUUUCAGUUGCUUCCAAAGAUGUUUACUGACCGUCUAUUUUGUUCUUCCCCCACCAUUACCUCCUUGCGCUGGCGGUCAAUAAAUCCGUCGCGGUCUUUUUUUUUAUCACGCGCACUCGAAGGACUUAGAAGAGAAAAUAGAGGGUCUGUGAACAGGCUAGGUGAGUUCAUGUCCUCCACUAAACGAAAAAUUGAACACUUUCACGCCAUAGUUGCUCAACAGCGACGAAAAAUAUAUGUUAAAAAAUGUGCUGCAGUUUUUUGCCGUUCUCGUUGUCGUCGCCGUCGUCGUUGCUCAAACCCCGUAACAACUGCACGACAAGAAGGUAACACACAGUCGAUUGGAUUGUGGCGAAAUACUUUGUUUAAAAAUUGGACGGAGUAUUGAAUAAGCGAGUUUUUUACUUUUUGUUUUCUCUACAUCACUGCACUUCUUCAACAACAUCCUUUGCGCUGGGCUUGUGUUCGCAGUGACCCAUUCAAAGGAAGUUUUGCGCAUCCCCUGUCAGGAUCAUUCAGUAGAGUCAACUUUGUGUUUGACAUCGAGUAUCAUGUGCAAUACGUGUUACCGGAGUACUUUAAACACGUCUUGCACAUGCGUGAUGCCAAAGCCUUCCUAACAAUGUAAAAGAAAUCACACAUCACAAACGCUAGACUACGUGUUUCCCCUUAUACCAUUAUAUUGAAAUGACUUGUUUUUUCAUCAUCGUAGCUAAAUGUGUCAACGUCAAGUGUAAUGCGCACGAGAUGUGCCACGACGGAAUAUGCAGAUGUAAAAAGGGAUACACAAAGUCCAUGGCAGCAAAAGGAAAGUGCGUAAAAGGUGAGGUGCCUUUUACAAAGCUAGGACCCGAUAAUGGUAAAAAUCUUUGA